AUGGAGCGGGAUGUUGUGUUUGACAGCGAGCUUGGAGAGCUCCUCGAUGUUGUCAACGAGUCCAUGAGGGAAGUUUGGAGCAGAGCCGAUCAACAAACAUGUGUUUCGAUUAAUAAGCCGUUUGACCUGGGUGAUGUUUCCGAUGUAGUUCUCGUCCAAGUCGACCAGAUGGAGCUUCAUCUUGAAGUAAAGCGCGGCCUUGAAGAUGGCGGCGUGUACCGUCUUGGGAGCGAUGAUCUCGAACUCGGAAAGCCCGCGCUCGUGCCGGGCUUUCUCUCUGGCUGCAAGACAGGCCAGGAGCAACGACUCGGUUCCGCCCGAAGUGGUGGUUCCACAGCCAGUGGACGGAGCGUUGAACAGUUUCAGAACCAUCGACACAACUUCGGCUUCCAUUUGGCGAACUCCCGGGAAUGCGUCGGGAUGCAGCUGGUUUGCAACCGCAAAUUUAUGAUAAGCUUUGGACUGCAGGUCGAUAAGCUCGUCGCCGCCAUGGUACACUGCACCGGAUAG